AUGCUGAAACAAUGGCUAAAUUUGCAUAAUCAGCGUAACGUUUUCGCUUUAGUUUUGGGAAUUUGUAUUGGCAUUUUCUUUGGAACUUUUUUGAAUGUUGAUGACAGGAAUGAUGUAGAUGAAUAUAUAUUGAAACAUGAUGUUGAACACAAACAAAACUUGAGUAAUAUUUAUGUGAAGUGUGUAGUUAUUGUACAACCAUCGAAUCCGAAGCCUCAUAAAUGGGUCAGUGGCAUUGUGGAUACAUAUGGCAGUAAAUGUAAUCGAACACUGUUCUUCAGUCAUAAUGACAAGUUACAGAGGCAGUUAGGAGGUAAAAAAGCUUAAAUAUUAUUUUAAUAUGAAGGUAGGGUAGGGUAGGAUAAUGUAUUAUAGUGAAGGGUAGGGUAGGGUAGGGUAAAAAAAGAUAGGGUAGGGUAAAAUACGACAUCUGAAAAUAACUCAAUUAUUUUAGAUCAAGCAGAAGUAUAUACGGUAGAAAACUCGUUUGGAUCAACAUCAUACUCAAUAUUUUGGAGGAUAGUACAAUUUGUUUAUAACGAAAAGUCAAAAGUGAAGAACGAUACUAUCGUUUGGACCGUUUUUCUAAAUGAACAAAACUAUUUUGUUCCAGAAAACUUGAGAUUAUUGGCUAGCAGGUAUAGCAAAGAAAGCGCGGUUAUGUUGGGUAGACUACAGAAUUACAGGUAAGUAAUGGAAAGAUCUUGCCAUUUUUGUUUUGUAAAGAAAGUCCUUGCCAUUUUACAUUUUUUAAAGAAAGUUCUUGUGAUUUUUUGCUUUGUAAAGAAAGUUCUUACUAUUUUUAUAUUAUAUUUUUAGAUCUCCAUUUUCCUAUAUUUUUCCAUUUUUUGACUAUCACGGGUUUGCAUUGGAUGCAGGUAUUGCAAUGUCAAACGAAGCUUUGACCAAAAUCGCUCAAAACAGCUGUAAACCAGGCUUCUUUAGCCCGUUUUACUCUGGUAAAGGACUAUUACAGUGUGCUAAUAACAACGAUAUUACUGUUGUUGAUCCGGUCGAUAGUGUGAGUUAAAUCUCAAUCUUUAGAAGUUUUUUUUGACAAAAAAUUGUAAAAUUAAAAUUUUUUAAAGAAAUUAAAGGUGUGCAAGACGUAUUUUACUUUUUUUUAUAAUAAAAAUGGCAAUUAUUUUUUUUCAGGAAGGUUACCACUUGUUUGUUGAGAAAAACCUUCGAGACAUGUUUUCAACCGGUCAAUUUGGUAACAAGGAAAAGUCAUUUGAGGUAAGCUCUAUGUUUUUUAACAGAAUAAAAAACUUUUAAAACUUGAAACUCAAGGAAAGAAUUAACCCUACCUCUCCUACUUUUGAUUUUAUUGAAGUUAAAAAUGAUCAAUUGGCACUUACUAGGUUACAUUGUAACUAACCUGCAUAACAAAAACUCGGAAAUAAAUAUAUACAAGUUUAAAUGCACUUUUGGCUUGGGUUCUGUACUUUCGAUGAACCUGUUUUACCUUGUGUUUUACGAUAACUUUGGUUUAAAAACUCAAGACUUUAUUAUAUUUUACCUUACCAUACGUUAACCUAUCCCACGGGCCUAGCGGGCUUCUUUUCAGGUCUAUUGGCUUAGAAUUUCAAAGUUUGCGAACUUAAAAUUUCCGAGUUAUUCUCUAUAUAGGAUUACUGUAAAUCUUUAGGCCAGAGUUAAUUUUAUGCAUUUAAAAUUUGUUGUAAAUGUUUGUCUAAUUUCAGGAAGCCGGUGUAAAGUCGAAAUGUUGUAGCGACCGGCUGAUAUCAGUCGGCCGUGUGGCUCAUCGCGAUCUACGGGUAAUGGAAUACUUUGCUUAUCAUGUUAAAGUGGCAGCAUAA